CAGACCGCAAUUGAAUAUCGCUUGACUUCCCGACAAGACAUUCUUGACCGUGUGAAUCUGCAGCCAAGUGCAGACUGUUACAAAAAGCCACCGUCCCCCAUCAAGAUGACCAAGGACCUACUUAGAAGAAAAGCUUACCCAAAGCGGGCUCUAGGCUAACGUACGUACAGAAGAGAGACUCGCCACCACUCACCUCUUCUUAGAUAAAUUUGUAAUUAUAGUAUAGCUAUUCGUAGUAUCUACCGAUCCUGUGGCGAUGGGUGCCUAAGUUAAACUCCGAGCCGACAAGCUCACACAAACAGUAGUCCCGCCCUCCAAGAAGGAUGGCCUCCAAUAACAAGACAAUCUCAAGAGGCCAAGGCACCGUGGUUGCUCUAGGAGCCGGUGCCCUCAGUGCCACAUGCUCUACACUCAUGUUUCAACCACUUGAUCUGGUCAAAACCAGAAUGCAAACAAGCAUUCUAAGAGGACCAAUGGCUGCCCCAGUCUACCUGGCUGCAGCUAAUGGAAGUACCACCACCACCGCCAUUGGAAUGUUUUCCAUGUUCAAUUCAGUCAUACAGAGAGAACGAUUCCCAGCACUAUGGACGGGAAUUUCACCAUCACUACAAAGAUGUGUGCCCAGCAUCUCUAUUUAUUUCGCAACCAUUCACCUCCUGAAAACCAGCAUUGGGAAAGUGGAUGGCAACAUCAGUCCCCUGCAAGCCUUGGCUACAGGAGCUACAGCACGAGCAGUGGCAGCUUGCACCUUUCUACCCAUGACAGUGGUCAAGACACGCUUUGAAAGUGGCCACUUCCAGUACAACAGUGUGAUACAGGCUCUCAGGUACAUCUGGCUCACCGAGGGGUCCAAAGGCCUGUUCAGUGGGCUCUCCGCUACUCUGGCUCGGGAUGCUCCCUUCUCUGCCCUCUACUUGCUGUUCUACACUCAGUCAAAACAAGCCGUCAUCAAAAUGACUGGAGUAGAGCCACCGCCUGCAAUGUACAACUUCCCCUGUGGUGUUGUAUCUGGUCUAAUGGCCUCAGUCAUAACUCAGCCGUUUGAUGUCAUCAAGACCCGAAUGCAGGUCAAACCCAAAACCUACCCCACCCUGUCUGCAACCCUCCUAGUCACCAUCAAGGAUAUGGGUCUCAAGGGACUCUUCACUGGUUUCGUACCUCGAGCCACAAGACGUACCCUCAUGGCAGCAUUCACAUGGGCUUUCUAUGAAGAGAUUGUUUGUUUCAUUCAACAUGGAAGGAACAAAUGAACCUCUCUUGGAAACCGUGCACUACAGUAACUCAUGACGAGUUUUCAUCCUCUCUGUCUGUCCUGAUCAAUGGCGGCAGAGAUUCAUGUCCUCAAGGAUAAUUUCCACUAGAUCACCUGGCUAAUCAUUAGCGAUUGAACUCUGAACAUAAUACAUGUAAUAUUUAAUUUAUAGCCUACAACAAUUCAUCUCAUCUAAGCUGACCGCUCUGGCCCAUUCAUCAGAACUGCAUUGCAGUCGUUUUUUGUCCUUAGUUUGUUUUGUCCUUUUGUACUGGCUCUCAUAGAGCUUUUUUAUUAUUUAUUUGGAAUUCUUUUAAUAAGGUUCCACAAAAAAUAAUUAUUAAAAAGGGUA